AUUCUCCUUUUCAUGAACAUUUUUCAGUGCGUCACAAAUUAUAGAAAAAAAGGUAAGUCCGUGAUAAUACACAUUUAUGACAUUUAUUCUAACGUGACAUUUUAGUUAAAUCUGACAGUUGUCAAAUUUUAUUUUCAAUUUGGAAUAAAACCAAAUCAAUUGUGUCUAUUGCAUUUAUAAAAUGGUAUUUUCUUUCAUUUGUAUAGUUUUAUAAAUUGUACAGAUUAUAUUGAUAAUAGUAUUAUUUUAUUUAAUAAAUAAUUCUUUUUUGAUUAUGGCGCCAUCUAUCGACAACUAGAAUAAUCACCAAACUAGAAUAAUUACCGAAGUAUUCACAGACGUGCCUUUUUUUCUGUCACAUACAAUUUAAUGCGUUAGAGAGAAAUCGAAAACUGUGACGCACUGAAAGAUGAUCAUGAGAAAAAGAAUAUUCAUAAAUAUGUAUUCUUUGCUAUUCAUUCAAUAUGUCCACAUCUUGAAAUUUAACGAAACUGGCAACGUUACUGAUUUACCGUAACUGGAUGAUAAAAGACACGGGGCCAUUGGCAACCAAGAAGUGGUGUGUGAAGGUUAUGUUCUUGUUGUCAGUUGCCGUUGUCAUUGUUGUCAAAUUGUCAAGUCAAUCAAAGACAAAGAUUUGUUUAUUUUUGGGUUAUUGAAUUUGAUUAUUAAAUAUUGAUUUACGAUUUCAAACAAAAACAAUUUGAGUUGAUACAUGCACAUUAUUAUAUAAUGGAUAUUAAGGUAGAAAUAAUUAAGGAAGAAAUUGAGGAAUGUGAUACUGGAUUUACUAGUGCAGACGUACGGUAUAUGCAGAGUGAGUUAUCCACAGAAAUAGAUAUAAAAGAUGUUGAAGAUGUGAAAACGGAAACACAAGAAGAUGAUUCAGGCUUUUCCCAAAUCAACAAUAAAAUGGAAACUAAACAAACAUCACCUAAACAUCCAUGCCAAAAAGAAGAACAAACAAGUCAACAUGCUGAAGAAAUCAUAUUAAACCAAAGUGAAAAAGUUCAGAUUGGGCAAAAACGUUACAAGUGUGAAAUUUGCUUUAAAAAAUUUACUGGAUCAAAGUAUUUGAAAUGUCAUUUGCGAACACAUACUGGAGAAAAACCUUACAAGUGUGAGAUAUGUUUUAAGCAAUUUACUAGAGCAGAUUAUUUAAAAAUACAUUUGCGAACACAUACUGGGGAAAAACCUCACAAGUGUGAAAUUUGCUUUAAGACAUUUACUACAGCAGGUAUUUUAAAAAUUCAUUUGCGAACACAUACUGGGGAAAAACCUUACAAGUGUGAAAUUUGUCUUCGGCAGUUUACGCAGCAAAUCAAUUUGAUACAGCAUAAGAAAGUACAUACUGGAGAAAAGGAUUACAAGUGUGAAAUUUGCUUUAAGACAUUUAUUAGGGUAGAUAAAUUAAAAAAGCAUUUGGGAACACAUACUGGGGAAAAACCUCACAAGUGUGAAAUUUGCUUUAAGACAUUUACUGAAGCAAGUCAUUUGAAAAUACAUUUGCGAACACACACUGGGGAAAAAACUUACAAGUGUGAGUUAUGUUUUAAGCAAUUUACUAGAGCAGAUUAUUUAAAAAUACAUUUGCGAACACAUACUGGGGAAAAACCUCACAAGUGUGAAAUUUGCUUUAAGACAUUUACUAGAGCAGGUAUUUUAAAAAUUCAUUUGCGAACACAUACUGGGGAAAAGCCUUACAAGUGUGAAAUUUGUCUUCUGCAGUUUACGCAACAAAUCAAUUUGAUACAGCAUAAGAAAGUACACACUGGAGAAAAGGAUUACAAGUGUGAAAUUUGCUUUAAGACAUUUAUUAGGGCAGAUAAAUUAAAAAAGCAUUUGGGAACACACACUGGGGAAAAACCUCACAAUUGUGAAAUUUGCUUAAAGACAUUUACUGAAGCAAGUCAUUUGAAAAUACAUUUGCGAACACACACUGGGGAAAAACCUUACAAGUGUGAAAUUUGUUUUAAGACAUUUACUAGAGGAGGUUAUUUGAAAAUACAUUUGCGAACACAUACUGGGGAAAAACCUUACAAGUGUGAGAUAUGUUUUAAGCAAUUUUCCCAAAACGUUGAUCUGAAAAAACAUUUGAAAAUACAUAUUAGAAAAAUGUAAGAUUGUCUGAAACUAUCACUUAACCCCUUUAACUGGCAAGAGGUCCCUAAGGACCCCUUCGCUUAUUAUUUAUUUAGGCCACAGGUAAAAUUAAUGUAGACGCAAACUGUUUUCAAUCUUCUACUCUAGUUCUUCUAGAGACGUUUAAAAUGCAUUCUAAAUUUUACCUCGCACUAGUUGAAGUGAUCGGAUCGUUAUGAACUACAUAUACUUUGUUUCACGUUAAGAACGGAACAUUGCGCGUAUGAAGAUCAGUGUUGCCAAACCUCUCGACUGCCGAUAUACAAUUCAUUCUAAUCUCUACGGCGUGGCAUCGGCGCGCUUCUAUCGCCCAUAAGAAGUACAUUGGCCUACCUAAGCAAUGUUUCCUUCUUAACGUGACACGCUGUAUAGCGGGAUUCAGUCGUUCAAUUCUUUGAAAUAAUUGAAUCAAAACGAACGAAUCAUUUGCGAUACACUAAUCUCCAUAUAUUAUUGUGUCAGAUCAUAUCUCUGUAAAACCAAAGGAAUUUUGUCCCUAUUUAAAAAAAUUUCCUUCAUUUUGAUUCAGGUCUCAAGAUAUGCUUGUACAGCCUUUUUAUUUAGAAAUGAAAAAGAAAUAUAGAUCUAGUGUAGUUAAGAAAUUGUAUUAAAUUAAAAGAAAUAAAGUGUAGUGCGGGAGUGUAAAUUUUAAGGUAGAACAGAAUUUAGUUUAGAAAAAAACACAAUUAGGUAUUAGAAAAAGAUUAAUUUCUAUACGGAACUAUAUUUCAAAUUAUUUUAUGACAAAUAUCUAAAUUCAUUGAAUUCCUGUAUACGUAGAAAUAAAGAAGUACCUAAUUUGAAAAUUUCUGAGAUUCAUUUACUAGCUUUCAAUACACUUUCAGAAUAUGAUCAAUCAAUUUGAUUCAAUCUUGGAACGCAUUUUCCGGUUUGAUAAGACGCUGAUGCAACCUCUUAACAGCAUUGUUUUUUUAAAUUAAGUGACAAAAUAGUAGUUGGUAAAAAAAAGUUAGCUAAAACUAGCUUGUUUUAGAUUGUUUAUUACUACAUUUAUUUCUUAUAGACUUUGUUGUUGUUAUUCUCGUUGUUGAGUGUUUGCAUUAUUUUUUUCUUUCAGAAAUAAAUUCUUAAAGUUU